UGCACUCCGUUUUCCUAUGUCCUGCUCCAGCUUUGACCCCAUCUCUGCCUAGCGAAUCCCUGGUACACAAAUGACAGUACGUAGAUUUGGUGAGAAAAUGCCUCCACCAGGUAAACAAGUUGCCAUCCCUGAGGAACUGCCAGAAAUCCUGAAAGCCUUUACAAAAGCUGCUAUUAGGACCCAGCCUGCAGAUAUUGUUCGUUGGUCUGCUCUGUACUUUACUGCUUUAGCCAAUGGACAGCCUCCACCAAUAAAAUCUGAAAGGCUUGCAUCAACAAGCCAUGACAAGUUUUCAAUAGAUCAUCUAAAAACCCUUCAUGAAAAGUUUGGAUCAAGAUGUUCAGUAUACCCAGAAGAACUUGCACAAAAGUGGAAGGAACUCAAUCUACCAGAGAAACUCUUAAGAGAUAUCAUGACUGUGGGAAACAUUGGCGAAGAAGUUGAUUGGCUAAAAUUUAUUGCUUUAGCUUGCAGUGCUCUUGGUGGGGUAAGUUUGGUCUAGAAAAUGUAAAUUAGGAAGCUAUAAGCACUAUUGUUUACUUUUUUGUCUGUUAAUAUGCACUUGUACUUGUCUAAUGUGAUUUUAUAUGUACUGUGUAGGCUACUCUCUGGCAUUUUUCCUUGUUUGGAAAAUAAAGUCUCUAAAGGUGCAGCUUAACAUGGACAAACACUUCCAGCAUUUAAGUAUGAUAAUUCCUCAGCAAGAGGAUAAUCAGUAGACACCAUUUCCU